AUGCUGGCGCCGAGGAUCUCAGGGCGCGCUGCAGUCCCUGACUCGGUCCCGAACCUUUCUCUUCGCACGCUCUUCGGGAAGGCGCGGGAGCCGGAUCGGCAGGCAGAGGACGCGCCGGGCGACAGUCUUGUGUUGGCCCCAGAGGCGGAGGGAAAACCCGGCCUGACUCACCCGCCCGGCGCGAGCCCCAGAGCCCGGCCCGGCCCCCGGAUGUGGGGGGCGGGCACCGGCGCCGCCCCCGAGCGACCUGAGCCCCGCCCCGGCUCACGGGUGCAGCGGGGCCAGGUCCCCCGGUGCGCGAUCACCGGUCGCUUGCGUGCAGCAGCUCCGCAGACCCGGCUCCGGCCGAGGCUCCUGAGCCCGCGCCUCCCGGCUGCUCCUCCUCCUCCAGCUCCGAGCCUCGCCCGCCUCGCUCGCUCGAUUUCCUUCCAGAACCAGCUUCCAAACUGGCGCGCUGGGGUGGGGCGGUCACGUCUGUGCUUCUGGCCGCCUCUUUCUCAGGCUGACCUCAAAUUUGAGAUGCAGCUAAGAAUGGCCUUGAACACCUGUAUUUCUGGCGUUGGCUUCCCAAGCCCUGAAAUUAUAAAGUUGUGACACCGUGCCCAGUUUUGUGUAGUGCCAGAGUUCAGCCCAGGACUUCAUGCA